AUGGAAAUUGCUGCGGUAGAGGAUGUGAUUGCCAUCGCCAAGUUGCCAACUACCACAGUUACUACAAUUGAGGUGGAGUCACCAGAUCAGGAACUUUACUUGCUUAAUAGAAGAGAUGAGGAAGAGAGAGACAGGCUAGAUCGACAGAGCAGCACCAUCAAAGUUAUCAGAGAUGGACACGUCCUUGACCCCCAAAUCCCCAAGCGAAAUGUUUCCAGAGUAGCAGAUAUAGCAACAGGUACCGGCAUUUGGCUCAGAGAAUUGGCUGAAGAAUUUGCAAACGGAGGAUACAACGUCCCGGAGACAGUAGGGUUUGACAUUUCUCCUGACCAAUUUCCCAAGAAUCCUGCUCCGGAAAACAAGUUUGUAUUAUGGGAUAUGACAAAGACUUUCCCUAAAGAAUACCACGGCACUUUCGAUGUCGUGCAUAUACGACUCGUCGUGCUCGCGCUGAAAAUCGAACAGAUCAAAGGCGUUGUAGAGAAUCUAGUCGAGUUACUCAAACCCGGUGGAUAUCUCCAAUGGACCGACAUGUCCUACCGCAACGGUUUACAGAUGACACACUCCGCUGAUGAAAGCGAGCCCUUGUGGAAAGCCGGGGUAGACAAAAUGUUCAAAUACUGGGGCGACCAAGGAUUUUCCUACGAUCCACCUGAGCACGUAGAAAAGAUUCUCGGAGCUUUACCCGUGGAAGAUGUGCAUGUGACCGAUCAUACGUUUGCACCCUAUAAAAACCCAGAAAUAAACGACCUGGUGGUUGAGUGGCAAUCGCGCGCCAAAGCGCUGAUCAUAGAAUUGCUAUCGUCUCGGAAUGGAUUGAGUGACGAAGAAGCGAAGAUGUCCGCGUAUCUUUAUCGGAAGAAGGCUGUCGAGAUGGGAAAGCGGGGCGUGAUAUGGAGGUCACCAAUGGCAACUUUGAUUGCUCGAAAGAAGUAG